UUAGAAGUAUAGGAAGGGAUUGUUCGUAACGAGUAAAUGUAACUAUGGAAACUGCAUCUAGGCCUCCGUAGGUAACAAACGUUAACGAAUAACAAAGCUAUGCUUGGCGUAUCUAAUUAUGCUUAAGGUUUGAAGGUGGAUAUUAGCCGCUUAGCUAUCUAUUUAAUGAUGGACCAGUACAGUAUUUUGGGGAGGAUUGGCGAAGGAGCCCAUGGAAUUGUUUUUAAAGCAAAGCACAUCGAGACAGGAGAGACUGUGGCCUUGAAGAAAGUGGCCCUUCGAAAGCUUGAAGACGGAAUCCCUAACCAGGCUCUCCGUGAGAUCAAGGCUUUGCAAGAGAUUGAAGACAACCAAUAUGUGGUCAAGCUGAAAAAUGUGUUCCCUCACGGUACAGGCUUUGUCUUAGUAUUUGAGUAUAUGCUGUCAGACCUUUCUGAGGUCAUACGCAACUCCCAGCAACCCCUCUCUGAGUCCCAGGUCAAAGGUUAUAUGCUGAUGCUUCUGAAGGGGGUGGCUUUUUGCCAUGAGAAUUCUAUCAUGCACCGGGAUCUGAAACCAGCUAACCUUCUCAUCAGUUCCACUGGCCACCUCAAGAUUGCAGACUUUGGCUUAGCCAGACUCUUCUCCAAUGACGGCGAGCGGCUCUACAGUCACCAGGUGGCCACCAGAUGGUACCGAGCACCAGAGCUCCUCUACGGUGCCCGGAAGUAUGAUGAGGGUGUGGACCUCUGGGCAGUGGGCUGCAUCUUUGGCGAGCUGCUAAAUAACUCCCCAUUGUUUCCUGGCGAGAAUGACAUCGAGCAGCUCUGUUGUGUACUGAGGGUACUCGGAACGCCCAACCAGCAUGUCUGGCCGGAGAUUACAGAGCUGCCAGAUUUCAACAAGAUCACCUUCAAAGAAAACCCUCCCAUUCCACUAGAGGAGAUUGUGCCUGACACUUCUGCUCAGGCUGUGGACCUGCUUAAGAAGUUCUUGGUCUAUCCCUCCAAACAGCGCAUCAGAGCCAGCCAGGCUCUCCUCCACCCUUACUUCUUCACAGACCCUUUGCCUGCCCACCACUCUGAGCUUCCUAUUCCUCAGCAUGGGGGGAAUCGCUGUCGCCAGCGCCUGCAGCCCCCCCAUGAGUUUUCUGUGGACCGGCCUCUUCACGAGAGUUUGAUAGAUCCUGGACUCCUCCAAGGACAUGCGUGGGGGUACUUCUGAGCCGCCCACCCACCACUAUUUAUUUCUAAAUGUAUCAUUAUUGUUGUUUUUGUUUACAUUUUAAUAUUUACAUAGAAGUAAUUGCCUGCUAAGAUUUCCCUUCCCAUUUUACUGACGGCAAUUUUAUUUUAAAUAAGAUAUUUAUUGGAUGUAUGCUUGUUAUUUCAGGUUCCAAACUCGGGUGACUUAUGUUCUUAUUUAUUCGUGUAGAAUGUCAGACUGUCAUCAGUGUGUCCCCAGUAAAAUCACUACUGAAAAGGAACCAUUCAAGUUCGGAUGGCGAUUAAUAUGUGUGUGUGAUCUUAUGUCAUGGUUGACAAACCGAUGGCUGUAAUCACCAGAGAAGUCUGACCGUGACGUUUCAGAGACUUUUUCCUCAACAUUCUUAGUUCAGGUUCCCCGCAGACAUGAUUGUAGAAGCUUGGCUCUUGUUUUGAAUGGGCCGACACUCUCCACACUGCAGUGGAUCAGUGACAGUGGCCAGUGGUCAGUGUCUUUCUUUUCUUUACUCUUAUAUGGCUUAGUGAUCACUCCACUGUAAUUAACUAUGUCAAGGCUAUCUAUGAAUCAUCCACUGAAAAGACUGGUGGAGCAUUCAGGAAUGGGUAUGUCCAGGACAAGGUUCCAUUGGCAUCUGGCUAGGGCAAUAUCGGACUGCUCUACCACAGAAGUCAGAAGGGAGUUGAUUCAGAGGGGUAUUAUUUUCCAUCCUCAUAAACCCAGAGAUUUCUGGGACCUUUUCUACCUCGAUGAAAGGGCAGUUUCUUGUCUUUUACAGCAUUACCACACAUACAGAUAGCAGUCUAGCCUGUGAGCAUGGCUCAAUGCUAGGGGAGGUUUGAGUGUGUCGUGAUGUUUUCAGACCUCUGAGACCAAACCAUUUUCUUUUUUUUUUUGGUCAGUGGGAUGACUGUGUCUGUCUGUGUGUGGCUGUUAAGGGUGUGGAACCAGAGACGGUUACAACAGAAUACCCCCCCCCCCCCACUCUGUGCUGUUAUUGCUAAUGAAUGAUUGCGAUCCAUAUUUAUUGAAGUUCAAAGGCUUUUUCUUUGCAGCACUUGACUGUUGGGGGGGGGUUACAGUUUGUAGGUCCAUCAUAGAUCCUUAAUUUUGAACUUGCAUAGAGAAAACUGGUAAUGACUCCAGGGAGCUGGGAUUCGGAACCUGGCUGUUAAGGUCCAAAUCAACAUAUCAUUAUCUGGAGUUCAUGGCGACAGAUUAAUUGCAGGUUUGCCCCAGUGUUGUGAAAUUUUUCAUAAAUAUUGAAUGCAUAUCCUGAAAGAUAAGUGCUGGAAUGUGUGCCAGAAUAUCCAUUAUGACACAGUAUUAAAACUUCAGGUUCUAA